AUGGGACAUCACUCAAGCACCUCUUUGUUUAGUCUCGCUUCCGAUCGCACACCACGUGCUCGAUACACUCCUUUGUUCCAAGAUGGCUUCUUCCCUUCGAGAAGAACUUUAUCUGAAGCGGUUUUAGCCAGCACAGGAAAUAAUUCCACGCCUUCUUUGAGGGGGAUGGAACAUCCCGUUCGCUCCUUCAAAUCCUUCGUCAAGACGGUGCCACCUGCCCCGAACAACGUCGCGCAUCACAAGCCGUUGCCCCCAACUCCCGCUGGUCCAUCGCGCGCUGCUUCUCUCACUUCUCAAACAUCACCAGCGUCACCGGCCUCUGCGCCCACGCCUAGUAUUUCUCCGUGGAGAGCACCCACUGAAUGGUCCACUACCGCCCAGAGUGUGGAAUCCAAUCCAACUCCGCCUGCAAAUAGACGGUACUCUCCUUUACUUCCCGACCCAUCUCCGGACCAGCCCGACGGACUGCUGGAACUCUGUGCCGCUCAAGGUGAAUCUCCACAACUGCAGGAAGCAAGACUGGUGCCCAUUUACGAGCGGACGGACUUAAACCUCGGCUCUCCAAAGGAACCGCCCAAGUCUCUUCUCCCGCCACCUCCCAGGUCACCAGCUCGAGCGAGUCCCGAACGCAAAGUGACGGCUCUACCUCUCUCGAAUAACUCGGCCGUGGACUCUGGAACACAGCGGUCCAGCUCUCCUGCCUCUGGUGUGUUUCACAUAGAUUCACCAGCCGACUCCACUCGCUCCAAAACUUCCAAUAUGUCGACAAGGGAAAAGGAGUUCGUGAGGUUAGAAUUGGACCGAUCGAGGGAUCGGCGAAUGGUACAAGCAAGCGGUCAAAACUAUAACACAGAAAAGACCAUGACAACAGGCUUCGGAGACAAUCGCUCACCAGCGUCACAUGGAAGCUCAAGGCAGCCCCGAUGUUCCGGAAGGGCGAAUUAUGAUGCUUGUUACGAUUUAGAUCUGAGCGAGUACGCAAGAAGGCUGGCAGUUUCUCGUGAUUAUCAUGACAUGUUGGUGGAUGAGUACCAUGAUACUCAACGAGCCCAAGAAGGUCAUCCCCGUUCAGAAUAUGCUGCGCCCCUGUCUUGGAACAGGGAUUCCAAUGGAAACUCUUCUCGCAGUACAUCUGAGACCAGACCUGAGUUCGAAUCAUCGGCCACAUCGAGCAGGAGAACAUCGAGUGGCAAUCUCAGGCGACUAUCAAAUAAAGUGACCAGCUGGGUCCCGAGACGUCUCAGUGUUGCGCCCAAACGAAGUCAAGCGUCCGAUGAAUGUGGACAUUGGGAGGAUUUUGACACAGAUGAUCAUCUUGGUUUCUCCAGGUUCUUUCCCAAGAGUAACCGUUCCCACUUCGGCAGAAAAUCCGGCAGGAAAUCCAGCAAAGAAAAAGUAGACGGGUCUCUGCAUGGCAGAUCUGCCUCAGCACUGGAUACCCCCCAAUCUACAGGUGAAAGAACGCCAACACCGAUUCUCCGCCUUCCCCUUGGAAUUUCCGUCGUCCGCACGCCUCCAGCUCCCCCUUCACCCACGCCUUCGCCCCCACCUGGUUCUCAUAUCACUGCCCUUCCAAACAUCAGAGGCCACCGCAGCACGGUCUCCUCCAACACCCCGGCAAGUACAAUGUCCACCGCUCCUAGAGCGCACUCCCCGAUAUCCGCAGAGCCGCCCUCGCACCGGUCCUCAUAUAACAACUAUUUCACCGCCGCCGACGUAGCAAACCGCGCCAUCCAACGUACCGCUCGCUCUUCCAAUAGAGACUCUGGGGGAGAAUGGUCAGCGCGUUCGCAACAUAGCCCAUUGAAGGUAGGGCAAUCACCGCCACGACCUCGGUCUCGCUCCCCGCCGCAGACGUCGAGGAGAAUACCAACGCGAAUCCCAAAUUACCCUCCACCUAUAUCCGCAUCCAACUGCGACAGUAAGGAAGCCGGUACCGGUACCGUGAUGAAGAGGGCAAGUACAGAACGAUGGCCUCAUCCACCUGCGCAAUCCCUGCGAGAGAGCCAGCACCCGCGGGAACAUGUGGGAUCGAUUCGGAGGACGCAGUUGAGACUUUCAAGUUUUCCUAUCGUGGAGCGUUUACGUGAGGGGCGUAGGGGCAACGAAGAAGAAGCGAGGCAUGAAAGGUUGAAGAGAAGCAUCAGAGUUCUCGGUCCCACGGAUCCGACUGUUGUGGCUGUGGCGAAUGUGGGUGGUAUGAGGAGGAAGGGGAGCCCGGACGUUGGGAGGUUGCCGGGUUUCAUGGUUGGGGGUGUUGUCUAG